CAGGAAGUUGACCCCGGUUGCCAAGUAAACUUUUGUCUGUUUAGAUGAUCUGUAAAAUGUAUUGACAAGACUAUUCCUUGCGUCAGAUUGUCGUGAGAAAUGAGUGUGUGUCAUGACUCUGUGGUCCAAGAGGUCCGGCCUGGUACAGCACGGGUUCAAGUGACUGAGCUGAGCGGUUCAGGGAGCAUCAACCCAACUCCUGCCCGUAAAGCAAACCAAGACCAAGACAAAGCAGUGGAACCAUACCUUUCUCCAAAAAGACUGGAACUGUUGUGCGGUACUCAUGACCUCUCUCUUGUGAACCAUCUGGAGAUCUGCGUAGACACCCAAGAAAAUACACUGGGUGACUUUGUUUUUCUUGCAGGUGCUUACUUGCCCAGAUUAGAGCAGCUGAAAAUGAACAACAGCUUCGUCAUGUCAUUGAGAGACCUGGGAACCACCCUGUCCCACCUGCAGGUGCUGUGGAUGUCUCACUGCUGCCUUCAAGACUUAAGUGGCAUUUCUACAUUUGAUUCUCUUAAGGAGCUCUACCUGCCCUAUAACAAUGUGUCCGACCUAAGUCAGGUUGCCAUGCUGGAGAACCUGCGGCUUUUAGAUUUGGAAGGGAACUGUGUGGACGACCUUAUCCAGAUUCAGUAUCUGGGUUUGUGUCCCAAUCUCCAAACUCUCACCCUGGAGGGGAACCCUGUGAGCAAACGCCCUAACCCUGCUUCCCCUCAGGCUGAAGAGUAUAAUUACAGAGCAGCAGUGAGGGAGUUGGUCCCUCAGUUGCGUUACCUAGAUGAUGUGAAGGUGGAGGAGGACAAGUUGACCUGCUGUAGCACCACGCAGGAAGACUGGGACAUUCUCAGAAUGUCUUUUCAAGAGUCCAACUCCUUCGAGGUUGCUGAAAAGAUAGCAAGGCAUCUUCGUCAUGGUGCACACAUUACCGGUCCUUCGGGUGCCAGACCUGCGUCGUCUGCAAGCAUGAGGCCCAUUUUGGCGACUGGGCGCAAACUUCGUUCCCCUCCUGGAUCAAGACCAGCGUCUUCAGAGUCUGAUGUAGCAUCAGUGGAAGCAGAAACCAGCACCCUUACGCACGGAGCUGGCAAGAUCCUGUUCUGUGGGAAUCCUGUGCAGGCCGUUCGGGCAAGGAGAGAAAAGUUGAACACGGCACCAACCAGAUCCUCUUUGGUCCUUCGCGACCUUCCCAUCCAUGUGCCAGAACACACGUAUGACCUAAAUGAGCCUGAUCCUGAGGAGCGUGUCAAUGUGUUUGCAGAGUUGCGGGCCUGGAGGGAACAACACAGCAAACAGCUAGCAAUUAUAGAGAAAGAGCGGUUGCCACAGGUCCUGGUUAUUCACCAUUCUGAUGAAGAAGAAGCCGAAAGAGAGGAGGAGGAGGAGGAAGAAGGCUUUGGUGGUAUGAAGAGCGACUGUAGUGACGAAGAUCCAGAAGAAGACGAACUCUGUGACGGCUUAGCUACUGGCUCACCAGACUCAUCGUUUCAGUCUCUUUCCCCAGACCUGAAUCAACAAGAAACAUCUUUCCCCAACAUGGUCCCACUGUCCCUGUCUACAGACACCACACCUUGUCCUUCCCCUCCUGUUCAUGUCACUGCAGCUCCUGUGAACACGAAGCUGCCAGGCAUUCGUGCCCGCAAGCUUCGUCUCCCUCUGUCCCAUCCAGAGCAGCUCAGCAGAAAAGACUUGGCCCCUCAAACUCUGUCAGCUGCAGCAGAAACACAACUCAUGUCCAAGAGACAUGUGGCAAGGCCCACUUACUCACCCCACCCACCUCCGAAACGUUAUCCAUGUGAAGGACCAGUGAUUUCAAGUGCGGGUAUGGAGAGGGCCAGUCUACCUUUGACCUCCAAGCAAAAGAUGUCAAAAGUCCUCCAGAGACCAGUGAUAUCCCGCCCUCACACUGCUAGAGCAGUUCUGCAGAAACAUCCCCAGCAACAUCUACUCCAGCCGUCCAGAGGGAGCUCAGACCUGGACUGACACCGUGCUGGCCUGCCUUCCAGGCGUUAGGCCUUGUCAUUUCUGUUCAGCUUGUACAUCCUUUAUUCAGCUCUGGUUCAUUUCUAGUUGCUCACACUGCAGAUGGGAGCAAAGCAGAAAACUAAACCACAGAAUGGAGGUGUUGAGGAAACACACUGAAA